GCAAUUUUGAUUUCCAACAGCUAACGAAUGUAAGUAUUAAGAACAAGCGGCAACAGCAAAUUAACAUAAACAAUGUUGAAUUGUUUAUUUUUCGGCGAUUGUAUAUUGAACGCAUUUCGUGUUUGACAGUUAGUUGAAUCGUUCGAAAAUUUGGAUCUUGUCAUCUAAAUGUGUUGCUAGUUAGUUUGCGUUAACUUUGUCGGUCAAAGCACAUGACAUUUCUCAUCUCUAUCAAUAUAAAUGGUUUGUAUUCGAGAAAAAUUAUUACAAAUCGAUUGAAAAACAAUCAAAAUGAACAAGGAAACAUCGUUUGAGCUACGUAUUCCAAUGAAUAUCUAUCAAUUGGACGGACACGUUACACCUGAAAUCAUUCUUAAUCAGUUUUCAUGGCAAGUCGAAACGAAAAAAGUGGUUUUGAGCAAUGGCAAUCCGCAAUUGGGAAUUUUCGUUCGAUGUAACAUUCAACAGCCGUGUCCAUCAGAUUGGUGUGCAAUUGCGGCCGCAUUAGUGCGAUUGGAACCGCCACGGGUAAACAUGCGGUCAUUAGAAAAGCCGAUUUACUUCAUGGCUUUCAAUCCCGGGAUCAACAAACGAGGCAAUGAUCGAUUGAUGCAUUGGAACGAUAUAAAACGUUUUGUAAAUGAAGAAAAAAUCACGAUCCACAUUAAAAUUCAAGCCAUUGGACUGUCGAAUGCCAACAAUUCGGUGAACAUAACCACGUUAUCUCAUGCUGCUGAUGCAAAAUUAAAGGUGCGGGCAACUUUUAGAGAUAUUCAAACCACAUUUGCUUUGAUGUCUCCGGAAAUCCAUUACGACGGUUCAGCAUUUCGAAUUUGCAUAUUUAAACGACCAUAUGUCAGCGAACAAGAGCCACAUCGCAGCCAAGAUGCAUUGUGGUUGUAUUUAGUGUGCAGUCGCAUUGGCGAGAAUGAACAUCGAAAGUGGUCGUACAAAAUCAAGAUGUUGACACCCAAUGGAAAAGUUGGCCCACUUUGCACAGAAGAGAAAAAUAUUCGAUUUUCAACCGGAUUUGAUUCAACCGGGGCUCCAUUUAUCAUGUUGGAAGAACUUUUUGAUCAGCGAAACAAGUAUCUUUCCUCAGAUGGAGCCAUCAACAUGGAAAUGGAACUAGCGGUGAUGGCAGAAUGCCGGUCUUUGUCAGCGUUUGACCUCAACAACGUACGUAUCAAAACUGAGCCAAAGUCACCAAAACGCCCUGCGUCACCACCAUUGGUCCCCAUUGAAAGAGGUGCCAUAAAUGCGCAGCCAGUGCAAUCAUUGGCCCACAUCAAAGUCGAAGUUACAGCAGCAGCCACUGAAUAUUCAGCCGAUGUUACAGACGCACAACCGCGUGACCAAAGUGCAUCGGGUAUUGCUCAACCGAGUGGCAUUCGAAAGCGCGCAGCAGUUCCAACUGAAUUAAAAUGUAUUUUAUGCCCAACAAAUUUGCUUCAUGAAUUUGGAGUGUUCACCACCAAAUGUGGCCAUCUCUAUUGUAAAGAGUGUCUCGACGACGAUGUUUGCAAGCGGCAGAUGUGUCUCAAGUGUAACUCCCACAUUGAAAAAGCCCAAUGCACUCAAAUCUACCUAACAGACGAACAACGAAAGAUGAGAAACUGCACCAAAACCAGAUCUUCUCUUUCUCUUCGAUAUUUCCUUGACAACUUUGACCAAGAUACUCGCAACCGAGCAUCAGAUCAUCCAUCCAACCAAGUUACACGCGCACCAAACCAUUUGUUGAGCUGUCCGUUGUGUGAGGGAGAUUUGGUUGAAAACGAUUCAGACGUAUUUACAAUACAAUGUGGUCAUCUUUACUGCCGCAACUGCCUUUUCAAAGACAUUGCUUAUCGUCGCGAAUGCGUGGUUUGCAACAAACGAGACAGAGGCAUGUGGACCCAAAUUUUCUUUCCUUGAAAUUGACAAUCAAAAUCCAAUCAACUAAGGAUCAACCGGCGAACAUUCCCAUAAAUGAAGCAAAAGCAAAAUCAAAAUCAACGAAAACUUAGAAGAAACGGACUGAAUUCCAUUCAUAAUUUUAAUUUUCAUUAUCAACUCAUAAUUUUAAAAAUCCCAAAUUAUAUUUUGAAAAUAUAUGGACAAAUGAAUUUUUGUAAUUCAACGAAUUUUCUUGAUGUGCUCAUCAUAAGAACAACUUCAUUCUUAAUAUUUACACCGAUAGAUGGCCACCCAAAUGCGAUGACAACGUGCAUUUGACAUUUCUCUAUUUCGUUUAGUUUAUUCUUGUUGUUGGAACCGACGCACAAAGCGGUUAUACAAAUAAAAUAGAUUUUUUGGUUAAAUGACGAAGUUUUUCGUAGCAAGUUUUUGAUACCGAACAGAAAUCAUUCACAGUCACAAAUGUAAACUGAUUGGAAUAAAGUCAACAAGAUGAGUCGAAACAUUGACGAAAAGUGUUUGAUUGUGCGUAACUUUCCAACAUCAUUCUCCGAAGAAGACAUUCGUGAUUUUCUGCAGAUGUUUGAUCCGACCGAUUUGAAUAUUUUCGUCUCAGAACACACAGCAAUUGCCGAAUUUGACAAUUUGGACCAUGCUCACAAUAUUCUAACAUUGUUGCAUCAAGAGAUUUUGGAGGAAAAUCAACUAUUCGUUGAGUACGCGCCAAGGAAUCGCAGUCGAUUGGCUCUUCUAUGUUCACGGGCAAACAAUUCAUCGCCUAACAUACAACAAAACAAAUCCAGACAUCGUGAAAAGACUGAAAACGACAUUAGCAAAACACUGAAACGAUUAUAUGCGACAGCGGACAAUUUGAAUUUCAAUCAACCACCACCACCUCAUCUAUACUAUGAAUACCCGAAAGCGAACCGUGACAUAAUCGAUGCAAUUUGCAUAGCGCUCGAAUGUGUGCCAAAAUUCUAUACUCAAGUGCUGCAUUUGAUGAAUCGAAUGAAUCUAGAACCACCGUUUGUGCCCGGUGAUAAACGAUUGGCCUAUGAAAGUUCGCAUUUCAAAGUACAAUCCGUGGCAUCCUCAACACAAACCGAAGAAAUUAAUUGGCAAAAUUUUCUGCGCAACAAACGAAAAUUUGUUGAAUCUGAUGAGUCGGAAUUAGAGUCAUCGAAUUCAUCGGAUGACGAUGGAACCGUUGAUUUAAAUUCCUUCAAAUCGAAACGAAAGAAAACUACGCAAACUCAUUCGAAUAAGCACGAACUAUUGAAGCAGAAGCAGAAAAAUUUGCUAAAGAUGCAGCGUUUACAGAAGCAACUGGAGCCAAUUGACAAAUCGACAGCACCGCAGAGAAUCGAUGAUGCAUUUGAUUUGGAACAGCAUCAUGUGAAAUCCUCAAUGAUAAAAAUUGUUGUGCCGGAACAAUUGGAUACGACACAAAAGCCAAGCGAACCGAUCAUAUUGGAAAGUACAACUGAAAGUUUGCUUCGAAAUGAUGACAAUUUGGAAAGCGAAAAACAAUUCAAAGGCCCGCACAUUUGGAGUGAUUCAGAGCUCAACGAAAAUCGCAUACCAACUGACCAACUCAGAGGACAUCCAAUGUUUCAGAAUUAUAAUGCUGGUGAAAUUUGCAAUCGACUGUAUAUAAAAAAUAUAGCCAAGGAAGUUACUAACGCUGACCUACAAGCAGUUUAUGAUCGUUACUUAGAAGUGAAUUGCGGCGGACAUGGCAAUAUUCGCACAAUUGAUAUUCGGCUCAUGACAAGCGGACGAAUGAAAGGUCAAGCUUUUAUCACAUUCGACGGACCAUAUUUGAACUGUGAUGUUGAUGAUGAAACUACCGAUCAUACUUUACCAUCGAACAAAUAUCAAAUGAUUGAAAAAGCAUUACGUGAGACGAACGGUCUCAUUUUAAAAGGGAAACCAUUAGUUGUUGUCUAUGGAAAGAAAAAAUGAAAACCAAACAAAAAAAUUGCUCGAACCGAAUAAACAUUUAUUCAUUUAUUUAUUGAGUCGAAUA